AUGGAAAUAAUGAGGCGUGGUCGAGUUAUCUUGCAGAGGAGAGCACUCCCCCACUCAUCUUCGACUUCAAUCAGUGGGGCUUUCCCGACCAAUCCUCCACCCCGACCUACUCGACGAGGGUCUUCUGGUGUCCGACCUGCUCCCUUGGCUUGCCCUACUCGCCCGCGGACUGCGCGCCCACCCCGGCCGGCCACCCCUGUUCGUCCCCGGGCAGCCCGGCCUAUUACCCCGACACCUCUUCAAUCGGUUAAUCCUCCUUCAACUACCUAUAUCCCUGGUCGGGGCCGUGGUAGAAGGUCAGGCAACGUUUCCUACGCAAGCCCUGCUUUCAGAGAAGCUUCUCAAGCAGCUCGCCGGACCCUCUCCACAAAUGGCCGCCUGAGCCAGGAUGCCCCUUCUCCCUCUAGACGCAGGGCUAGAUCGCCUUCCGAUGAUUCUGACUCAGAUGACCAGCCGCUGGCUCAGAGACGUCGACGCCGAAACUCUCGCCCUGUGUCCAAAUCCAGCCCUUCUUCUGCCCCUUCUCCUUCACCUCUGGUGGCAGUCACCUCUCCUCCGCCUCCUGUCACAACCCCACCUCCUGUCUUCAUCCAGGCAAAUGUUUCACCUGAUCCCCCCACCAUUCCAACUGAGCCUUCCAUUGCUACAUCUUCGCCUCCAGCACAACCUCCUACUCAACCCUCUACAUCACAGCAGCACCAGAAUACUGAGGUCGACCCCUCGCGUCACUCUCCGCCAGUUACCUCACCUCCGGAGCCAUCUCCUAUGCCUCCAUCAGUUCCCUCUGGGUCAGCUGUUGGGCCUUCUAGCUAUGCCGUGGGGCCUUCACAACCGCCACCACCUGCCCCUCUUUAUUAUCGCACUACUGCUCCUUCAGAGGCUGGACUACAGUCAAGGCGUGAUGUUCCUACCAGCUCUUUGACCAUGAAGGGUCGCUUAGCCACUGUGUGGGAAGAGAGCAAGCGUCAGAUGGAACUUUUGCCGCCCCUUGCUCAGAUGGACAGAUUUUCUGAGCUAUACAUCAAGGCCUAUGCAGAAUCCUUGACGAUAAAUCAAUCCUUUCACGCAGCUCAUCAUCAAAAUAAGAUGCUGCAAGACAAGGUUGCUAAACUGGAACUGCAAUUGAAUGACCCUGUUCAGGCUAGCCAUGCCCUGAGGGCCGAAAUAAAAGAUCUGACAAAAAAGAAGAACAGUCUGGAAGUAUCCCUAGCGCAGGCCAACCAUAAACUCAAGGGUCUCCAGGCAGAGCAAAGCCGAGUCGAUGUGGUGCACCAGGAAAGUAUAGAUCAACAAGCUUUAGAGCAUCAACAAGCUAUGGACCAAUUGGCUCAAAAGCUACGUGCUGCCGAGGCUCUAGCACAGGAGCAAGACAAGAAGUUGAAAUCCCAGGAGGCCCAAUUGACCUCCCAAACAGAAGAACUGGCCACCACCCGGAAUGAACUGGCUCAGGCUCGGGCUACUGCAGAAGGAGUAUCGACAGCUUUGACCCUUUAUAAAGAAGGAGAGAACGACCGCUGUCAACAGAGCCGCGCUAUGUACUUGCGUUCUCCAGAAUUCUGCACCCAACCAGGUUAG